AAUCGGGCCACUCGGGACUCUUCCACUUCCCCGUCCCAUCAACCCAGUGAAAAUGCGGGACCUUCUCAUCCCGCGACACACAGCAGCAACGCCCUCUCUCCUCUUCUCCCUCCCAUUCUCGAAGCGCUCCACCUUUUCAUUGUGAGAGAGGCGAGAGAGCGCCCAAGUUUUCGGAGUCACCGACUUCUACGAUCGUCCUCGAAGGAGCACGCAUUGAGGCGAUCAUUGCAGUGGGUUUUUGGUUUGGUUCGGUGGACGAUGCAGUUCGGUUUAGACGUCGAGGCCUUUUUCGCCGGCUCGGCCGACGGGAGGUACUCCGGAGGGCACAAGAAAAUGAGAUUCUCCGAGGAUGGAAACGAUCAGCAGAGACCAUCCUCCUUCAGUUCUAUUGUUAAUAUAUCUAAAGAGGAAAAUGGUAAAACUUCUUCCAGUGUUGUUGACUACUCCGAUCCUUUUGCAAUCCAUCGUAUGCUGGACAAGCUGGAUUAUGGUCAAUUUGGCAGUGUCACAAAGGAUGUAGAAGCAGUGAUUUUCCAGAAGAUGCAGUACUUUACCCCUCUCAUUAAUCUUUCAAAUGAUUUGUUAAGUACUGAGGUAGACCCGAGAAAGGAGGCCUCAAACCUUGCUGGGGAACCAGCUGCAAAUUCUGGGCAUCGGAACAUUAUUAAUUUGGAUGACGAUGGUGCGAUAAAUGAUGCUCCGUCAGCAGCACAACCUGUUCUAAUUCUUGAUGAUUCAGAUGACGAAGACCAUACAAACUGGAAACCCUCGUAUCCUUUUCAGCAGAUUUUCUUGGCGACACAAGCAGGAGUUGCUGGGCAAUGUCCUGUGGGAGAUAUAGCGGUUAAAAACUACAGAAACAUCACUCAAGGAGAUGGGCUUCUGAAUGCUGAAACUGAAACUGAAACUAAGAAAGACAAGGGCGUAUACGUGGGUGUAGACAACGAAGAUGAUCACCUAACAAAGGUUGAUGAUGGUCUUGGGGAUAUCUGGAGUGAGAUGACAAUGGCAUUGGAAUGUUCAAAGGAUACUGCUGAAGAUAUGGAGAACUGGGAGCAUCCUUCAUCCGAUGACAAUUCAAGUGAAGACAUGGAGGACUGUGACCAUUCAUUUGUUCUCAAGGACGAUAUCGGUUAUGUUUGUCGAGUGUGCGGGGUUGUUGAUAGGAAAAUCGAGACCAUAUUUGAGUUCCAGUAUAAUAAAGUAAAGAGGAGUGGCAGGACGUACGUAUCUGAUCACCGGAAAGGCGGCGAUUCUUCAGGGUUGACUGGUUUUGACCUGCCGCAAGAUGAUUUGGCAGUGAUAGAGAUAGCUGCUCAUCCAAGGCACAUGAAGCAGAUGAAACCUCAUCAAGUGGAGGGCUUCAACUUUCUUGUCGGUAACUUAAUCACUGAUAAUCCCGGGGGCUGUAUUUUGGCCCAUGCUCCAGGAUCCGGGAAGACAUUUAUGAUGAUCAGCUUUAUGCAGAGCUUCCUUGCAAAGUAUCCUCAAGCCAGACCUCUUGUGGUGCUUCCUAAAGGAAUUUUGCCUACAUGGAAAAAGGAAUUUCAGACAUGGCAGGUGGAGGACAUCCCAUUGCUCGACCUUUAUAAUAAAGCAGAUAGCAGGCCCCAGCAAUUGGAGGUUUUGAAGCAAUGGGUCAAUCAAAAAAGCAUACUUUUCUUGGGGUACAAGCAGUUCUCUGCAAUUGUUUGCGACUCUGGUACCAGUGCUCAUUCUAUUAAUUGUCAGCAAAUACUGCUGGAAGCCCCGUCACUUCUUAUUUUGGAUGAAGGGCACACCCCCCGGAAUGAUAACACUAAUGUUCUUCAAUCUCUGGCCAAAGUGCAGACACCAAGGAAAGUUGUCCUUUCGGGAACUCUCUAUCAAAAUAAUGUCAAAGAGGUAUUCAAUAUAUUGAAUCUUGUCCGUCCCAAGUUCCUGAAACUGGACUCUUCACGUGUUGUUAUUAAGCGAAUCUUGAGUAGGGCAAACAUGUCCGGGAUUAGGAAGCAUUUGACAGGUGGAAAAGAAACUUGUUUCUACGACUUGGUGGAGCAUACUUUGCAGAAGGAAACUGACUUUAAGAGGAAAGCUACUGUCAUCCAAGAUUUACGCGAGAUGACAAAAAAAGUUCUCCAUUAUUAUAAAGGUGAUUUCUUGGACGAGCUCCCUGGACUUGUUGACUUCACUGUAGUGCUGAAUCUUAGUCCCAAACAGAGGCCUGAAGUGGAGAAUGUGAAGAGGCUUGCACUGAAGUUCAAGAUGAAUUCUGUUGGAAGUGCUGUUUAUCUGCAUCCAAAAUUAAAACAUUUGACUCAUACUUCCGCUGCAACUAAUGGUAACAGUAAGUCAGUGGACCCUGAGACUAUAACCAAAAUAGAUGAGUUGCUGGAGAAGUUAGAUGUGAAGCAGGGAGUUAAAGCAAAAUUCUUUCUAAAUAUCCUGAGAUUGUGUGAGUCCGCGGGGGAGAAGUUACUGGUCUUCAGUCAAUUCCUAUUACCGCUGAAAUUCAUGGAGCGGUUAGUGAUGAAAGCGAGAAGUUGGUCUCUAGGUAGAGAAAUCUUUUUCAUAUCAGGUGAAUCGAGUACCGAGGAGAGGGAAUCAUCCAUGGAGCAAUUCAACAAUUCCCCUGAUGCCAAAGUUUUCUUUGGCUCAAUCAAGGCAUGUGGUGAAGGAAUUUCUCUGGUGGGUGCAUCUCGGAUUAUAAUUCUGGAUGUGCACCUCAAUCCUUCAGUUACUCGGCAAGCAAUAGGUCGUGCAUUUCGACCUGGGCAAAAGAGAAAGGUCUAUGCAUACAGACUGGUCGCUGCUGAUUCCCCCGAAGAGGAAGAUCAUGUUACAUGCUUCAAGAAGGAAUUGAUUUCGAAAAUGUGGUUCGAGUGGAACGAGUAUCGUGGUUUUCAGGACUUCGAUGUGGAGACUGUUGACGCCAAGGAAUGUGGUGAUCCUUUUCUGGAGAACCCAUUCCUCCGUGAGGAUGUCAAAGUCUUGUACAAAAGGUAAUUCUGGGGUAGAGGAUUAUUGAAGUAGCAGAAGUAUGUUAUGAAUGUGCGGAAAUGUUUUAUCACAGGUCGGAGCAACUUGAAAUGUGAAUAUGGCAGUCUAUCGAACUCAUGCUUCGUUCAUGAAAAGAAAGUGGAUGCUCCUUCAUUUUCAAUGCGUUAUCUGCACUCCGUUUUUGCUUGAUUGGUACUGGAUUUUAUGGUAUUGCUACUUUCCUGAUGUCUAGUGCAACUUCAAUGGUGUUCUUUUUGAAAGUCAACUCAAUGAACUGGGAAGUGGGGUGGGUGACAAUUGCCCUAUCUUUUAUUUCA